GAAGCAGCUCUAAUCACAGGAAUUGUGCUGUCAGGCUGGGGAGAGAUUGAGGUAUUUACUAACACUGACUGAGGCAUACCAAUAGAGAGAGAGAUAUUUCAUCAUCACACAGAGAGUCUGUUACUGGAGGACACCCUGUCUGCAUCAUGCUUAUGUGUGCUAAUUUAGUGCUGCUCAGUCUGUUCCUGCUCUUCUCUGGGGAGUUCUCACAGACUGCAGAGGGCUGCACAUGUGCCCCCAGCCAUCCUCAGGAAGCAUUCUGCAACUCUGACAUUGGUAAGAAGAUACCUUUUAUUUGCAUGCACAAAACCAAUUAUUGGUUCAACUGAUCUGAUGGGAGCAUAGUGAUGCCAGUCUCCUGGAGAAGUCCAGGGAAGCAAGUCAGUGGCUUCAGGUGAUGUAAACAGUAUUGCUAGGUUCCUCAGGAAAGGCACGGUAAUGCCAUAGUAAUAUUAAACUGUUGGUAUGGGGCAGGUUAAUGCCAGGCUUUGUAUCAGUCUGCUGAUGAAGCCUGUGCAGGUACCAAGGUGAUGGUGUGGGAUGUAGUCAGACUAAAGAUGGGGGACACAGUUUCCAAAUCUUUACUUAUACUCCAAGUAAUGCCAGGCUGGUGGCAGAUUGCUUACAGUCUGUUGCUAAGAUGCAUAGUUGUGAUGUGUGAUUAGCAAGUUUCAGCACUUUUACAGAGAGAGACAAAGAGAGCGCUGAUUAAAAUAUUAGAAGCGGUUUAUAAACAAGACAGAGCUGUCUGGGGCACACUCUUGCAGUAUGUUAUCAUUACUCCAUCACCUUAUUAGUGGCAGGAUAGUGUGGGGCAUACUUGUGCCAUGCUGUUGCUCACUGGUAGUCGUAGAAUGUUUAAUACUGUAACGCGUAACAAGUUUGUUGCAGAAUGUUUGUGCCAUGAUUCUGCGUGCUCUGUCACUGGAUAGUGGAUAAACCAGGUGGGAAAAAUAGUUGCAUAUUAGUACCAGAUUAUUGGGUAGGGCUAAGCAAAGUGACAUGUGGCAGGAAAAAGUUAAGCGAGAUUAUACACCAUGUGUACAAUUAUGUAUUCCAGAGCACAGCGUGAUGUGUCUGCACAGUUGGUUAUUAUUUAUUGUACCGAGCUUUUAAUUAGACAACCUGGUAACAAGUAUGGUUUGGGGAAUGAGUCCGGAGCAGUCCUGUUUAAAGUUAAUUUAUGGAAAUGAGUUGGUGCAUACCCUCUCAUUAGUGGGUGCAUACCCAAACUAUGCUUGGUAAGGAGGCAUGAGAUCACUACACGUUUACCAGUGCUUUCAAAAAAUGUACCAUGCAUAUUUAUACACAGGAACUCCCUCAAUUUCCUUAGCUCGGGGUGGAGGAUAAACUCCACCUGCCAGAUUGAGCUGGGACCUUUGGCUGUCCACGUUGAAGGCAGGAAAAAGUGAGAUUUACAGUGGAUUUGGAUCAUGAAUGGAAGACAAUAAAUCGUACAUUUUGGUGUAGGCUAAACAAGAAGCCCCUAGGAAGGUGCAUUGAGAUGAUGAAGAUGAGUAGAAAUUGGCCCUUAAAGCAAAGGUUCCAAUGUGGGACAUACUGUAUAAAGUUGAACUGUUGCAAUGUGCCUUUUCUGUGCAUGUUUUCCACCUAUUGAUCCUAACCUCUCAUUAUUACCUUUUUUGUCAUAAAUAGUCUUCACCUAUCUUUCUUUAGAUAGGCCAAGCAAAUAAUGCACUUUAAAAAAAAAAAAUGUUUAAGCUUUUAAAUGGUUAGACUAAAGCAUAAAAGGACCGAGCAGAUUUGACACCCAUUAUUGAAUCCUCAGAUAGGGGGUGUCACAAUAUUUCCUUUCAAGACUUCAGCAAUAUUUGAUACUGGUCUAAUAAUACCACCCUCCAUGGAUUCCAUGGUAUAUCAUAUAGACAGGAAUAUAGACAUUAUGUAUGAGCAUAUCUGAACCAAGCAUCACAUAAAAGGUUACAUAUUUUUACUGCACCAGAAAAUAUCUGAUUUAAAAUAAAUUAAACAUUGGCCAACAAGGCAGCUCAAUGUCUAUGUGAAAUCCCAGAUUUUAUUUGUAUUUUCUAUUUAGGGCAUCAGUAAGUUUUCUAUGCCUUAUUCACUCUAUAUGUUUUCACUUCACUUUUGUCGGAAGAUUCAUCUCCUUUUUAUAUUAACAAUUUUGUUGGCUUUCUUUAAUUUUUAUUUCUUCUGCUUCAGGUUGCAUUUUCUGUCUACAGAAAUUGUCAUAUUUUUUUUCUAUUUCUUUAAAUCCUUUCAGAUAUGUCUGUUUCUUUUAUGUCAUUAAUAUAAUGAACAAUGCUUGUUCAAAUGACAAACAGUUGGGCAAGCCUGUGCACUCUCUGUUGAAGCACAAUAACUUGGGUAAUAUACAGGUAUCUCACUAUUUGGCCUGGAUAUGCUGGUGUCAGUCCAGGACCCAAUCUAUGACACUCUCACUACAGGUGAUGGACAUGCUAAGAGCUACUAAUUAGUGCAGCUCCUAAAGGGUUGAUUAGCACUGAUAUCAGUUUAAUACAUAUAAAGGCCACACUCUUGUAAUUUUUGGUAGUAAACAACCAUGGACAUGAAGAGUUAAAAGAGCUGGUGGGAUCCAGUCUUGUAUCCUUAGGCUUUAUUCGACAGUAGAGAUGGGACUGACUCCAAAAUUCUUUCUGCUUAAGGUAGAACUAUGUAACAAGCUCCAGGGGGUGUAUAAAGCCACUUUCCAAUAUCGUGGGGGAGUAAAGUAUGGUAUUCUAAAGGAUUACUAUCAAUUCCACUAUGAGGCAUAUUUACUAAGCAGUGAAUUGAGAUGAGUUAGCAAGUGAAUUUUGGCUAAAUAUAGCAGAGUAUAGGUUUUAUCAAUUUAAGUUUUCCUAAUCUUAACAAAAGGGCUAUAUAGUAUUAACCAAAUAGAGUAUUUAUUAAAGAUUAAAAUAAUUUUGUGUUUCUAAUGAAUUGCUGACACAGUUGCUAUUUAAUGGUUGAGAGGUAGGUGGGUCUUCCUAGACCAGUGUAGGCAACCUUCAGCACUCCAGAUGUUGUGGACUAUGUCUCCCAUAAUCCUCUUAAAGCCAUAAUGCUGGCAAAGCAUCAUGAGAGAUGUAGUCCACAGCAUGUGGGGUGCUGAAGGUUGCAUACCCCUGUCCUAGACCAUGGAGUAAAAGUAAAAAUAAAAGUGGUGAUAAUGAGAAUUUGCACUUUUAUGCCAUGGAGCAGUAUAAAGUAAUUGCAAUGAAGGGUUAACUUUAGUUGUGGUUUUUAAUAAACCCACAAUGGGUUUCUGGCACUCCAGAGGAGGCAAUAUAACAUUUCAUCUGUGUAACCGAGAGAAGAACUGGCUUCCAUCAAAUUUAUAGUCAACUAUUUUGACAUCUAAAUGCAAACGGCAAAGCUUUUUUGCAAAACUUAUAUUCUGCUACGUGACAAUAUUAUUUUACUUAAGUUCUGUCCCAUAAGCAGUGGGUAAAACAUAUGCAGUGUCAUAUGCAGGGGGUAAACAAGUUUCCUUUUGCUUAUUUUCUAAAGUUCUCUUGGUAUAUAACGUAUUUCAUUACCUGCAAAGAAAUAAGAUUUGGCAGGCAACACACACUGUGUAUUGCAGGGCUUUUCUCAUCCGAGUAAGCUGAGAGUCUGGUUUCAUACUUUAGGAGUGAUUUGCAUCUUAUUUUACUAGUAAAUAUGAGUUUGGCUUGCUUAGAAAAUUGAUACAUUUGUUAAUUGUUGGAGUAUCGCUCACUUUCCUUUAUAUAUGCAAUCUGAAUAUAGAUAAACUUUAUAUGACAGGUAAAUGAGAACUAUAGGAGCCCCUAUACAUUGUCUAGACUGCCUAGAAUGCCAGACUGCAUAUCUCUGCAUUGGUUGCUAAAUGGCGUAGAAUGAUAAAGUUACAAUGAGUGAUAACUUUGACACUGUAGAUGUUUUGGGCCUGCAUUACCAAUGACACAUACACGAAUACAAAUGUUUCAGUGCUAUAGUUUGCCAUCAGUAAACUACAGUAAGGCAUCCUGAUUGACCUUCUGAAUGCCAGGUGGAGUGCAUAGUAAAUCCCAACAAGAUUCAUGUUUGCUUGUCCACCUAGCACUGCAUGGUUCCUGUAUACUAAGAGCUGCUUGAUGAGAACCCGCCUCGCACACUCCCCUGUUGAGCCCCUUCUUACUGGGGGUGGGGGUGUCAUCUGGACUGUUCGUAGAAAUAAAUUUUUAUUGGUGUGUGAGGGGCACUUGAAACAGAAAGCUAUGUUUUUGUGAGGAUGGGGAGGUUAGAAAUAAACGUUUUAAUAUAUAUUGAAGAACACUGUUCACUGUUCUGUACUGUAUUUGUAUAAAUCUAAAAUAGUUAAAUAUUACCAUUAACUGUUACUGUACCGCCACCUCUGAAAUUUACCACAGAGUCUGAAAACAGUACUUUAGUUUACCAUCUCCUCCCUAUUCCUUCUAAAUAUUAUUCUAUGAAGCGGCACAAGGUACUAGAGAUGGGAGAUAGAAGGAAACCUACUUAAUUCACACCAAUUAGGAGCCACAAACUCCUGGGAAUUGGUUCCGACACUAUUAUCGUCCAGACACAUUUUCACACUACAAAAUAACUGGAAAGGUUUCUAUCAGUAGCUAAGUAAGAGACUUGCACACAAGGGUACCUCUUCCUCUCAAGCACAUAAUUGGUCUGGCAGCUGCUAAUGACAGAGAUACAAACCAUGCAAAAAGGUGAUGCAGGCUCUUUACCAGCUAUUAAAUGGCUGUCUAGGAGUGCUUGAUAUAUACAUUGCAUAUCAAACUGCUCCUGGCAUGCAAAAUGGGACACAUGGCUUAUUAUAGAGCAAAUUACUUUUUCUAUAUUGUGUUAGCCAAAUAGCUAGCAAAUAUAUGAACACAUUAUAAUUAGAUUUCUUUUUAUAUCUAUGCUUCAAGCCUAGAGGUUUACACUAAAGCAUGACCGCUGCAGGGAGUGUGAGUGAUCCCUAAUAGUGAUCAAAUCAUACGACGAUGUAGAAGGUGCUCAACAUUAUAUAUGUAUAUAUUGACAGAUUUUUUUUUUUUUUUAAAUACAAAAAGUUUUAUAAAGAAUCUUUUACAGCUAAAUUUGAAGAUGUGGAAUUUGAUGGUCAAGGGAAAGAGCCCCUCCCUCCCACACACACACCUUUUUAAUAUGAACUUGUUUUGAAUAAUUCUUGGCCAACAUCUGUUUUGUGAAAAACUAUAAAUACAGUUGCUCCUCCCACAAAAGGAUGCUGAUAUGUAAAAGUUCAGAUUCCAACUGCUAUCCUUGCAAAAAUAUAAAACAAUACCUUUCUGAGCAUGAAUUUCUGAUUAAGUGUUGCAAAAUUUUUAAGUCAGGGUUAAUGUCUGAGCUCUGAAUAUCUCCUUUCCACUAAAAUCUUUUUUUCCCAGUCUGUUUUUGUAAGGAUCUGCUUGGGACUGUGAGUGCAGAAUUGCUUGGCAAUGUAUUUUUGUUUUUGUACCACCAGCAAAUUGAGUUCCCGCAGGUUCUCUGAAACACGAACCAACAAAACAGAAAAAAAAACCUUCCAGUUGUUGCCAUCCCAACAAGCAAACCAUAAAAGACUAGUGGGGGUAGAAAACUAAAAAGGCAAACACAUUGUUUGCCUUAGUCACAAAAGUUCAGUAGAGUUUAUUUACUAAACUCCAAAUUGUAGCCAAUUGGAAUCCAAAGGGGAUGAUUUAGGCUAAAUACAUAAGCUGUAGAUGAGUUGGAUAACUUUCCAAAUUGGUUAUUUUAGUCUAAAUUUUGUGUUUCAGAUUUAAAUGCAAUUCUGAGAUUAGUGAAUGAACUCUAAUGUGGCUACAUUCGUACUAAACCCUUUUAAUAGGGAGCGCCUAAAUAGCAGUUCUCCAAUGGAUAAAAAUUAACUAUAAAAAGCAAUUCUUUUUUGUUUUUUAGCUGUCAGCAAUGCCAAACUGUGUUCACUUUGUUAACUGUGUAUUUUCCAACUUAAAAUAAUUAUGUCACAGAAUCAGUUAAAAGACCCUGUAGUGUUUAAAUCACUAUUUAGUACCCCAUGCCUCCCUAAAUAUAGUAAAAUCUUAUUUCCAGUGGCGCGAGAGUCCGCUGCCUUGGUUGACAUCAGAAGAAUGAUGAAUUCAGCCAAUCACAAUUCAUUACAAUAGGUGGUAAUGCAUGAUUUGAUUGGUCCAUGAGGUUACCGAGAUUAUGCAUCAGGAUGAGCGGUAACUCGUUGUUUUGUAACUGUUCCCCUACCUUUUUACUCUUCAACAACCUAUGUUAAUUUAUUGACUUGUACAGAGCUGUAUGAAAACGUUGGACAAAAGGUCCAACCAGAAGAGACAAUAUUUAAAAAGUGACCACCGACAACAUUAGACAUUUUGUUGACAGUUAUGUGUUGAAUUUUUAGUCACUUCAACACCGCUGUUCUGUGAUUGAUUCUGUCUGGUGUACUCAUAGGGAAGUUGCAAGAUGUAGUAUGUGAAACGUAGACAUGUGAGAGAAUGUCUCUUUUUGAAGCAGAUACUGUAUUCCACUUUUGUGUUCUUCACAAAUAUAUGACCUUUGACUUCUCUAUCAUGUCACUGUCAGCUGGACCUUUCUGCCUGGGGUCACCGCUAUCCUUAGUAAUAUCUGGCCAUCCGUUUAUCCUGUGGUAUAGUGAUUCUAAGCUAUAUUAAGCAAUCAACCCUCUGUACCACAAAACAUGUACAACUGGAACUUUGUAGACAGAUCCCUUUCUAUGGACAGGAGAAAUGUUAAAGAUUUUGCUGGCAGUAAACAUAAGUAUCUGGCAGUGAAAUUAUGAAUGGUAUAAUACAUAUACACAUUCUCAAGUACAAAUAUUGAAUUGCACCGAAAACCCUCUUUAGUGCAUAUUAUUGGAGCUACCAGUUGAAGCUCCUUUUUAUUUUACAUGUCCAGACUCUUUUGGUUGCAUGAUAACAGCCAAAUUUAUUGCUUAAAAACCUCCUCUUAACUGUAUGGGAACUAUAAUUAUGGCGACUACAUACAUAUGUUUCAGGGGGCCAAUGUGGCUCACAGUACUUUGUAGUGAUCUCCUUCACACCCUCUGAUUGCCCCGUCAUCAGCUACAAAUUCCCUUGUAAGAGUUCUCUGCCAUAGGUAACUAUUUUACAUUUGAUGUUUUAGUAUGGGACCCUUACAUGCAGAUGCCUUUCAUUUUUGCAUAAAUAGAAAUUUGUGCAUCCCACUCCCCUCUGGCAUUAGUUAGCAAUGAUCACAUUCAGAAAGGGUUAUACUAUUUUUCUACUCCCUCCUGCUUAACCACCAGAAAGUUAGACACUGGGUGCAGAUUCAUUGCAACCCUCAGAAUUUGGAUCCUAGGCGAGUAAGUAUUAUUUUUAAAAACUGUACUAAUAGUUUUCCUGGUUAUAAAACUAGGUUUAUAUCUGAAACCUAGACCGGUGUCUAUUAAACAUGGGAACAGGGACUUUUGAAAACCUGAUGGAUUUAAUAUGCAAAGCACAACUGAUGCCAGCAGUUUUGGAAAAGCUGUACAUAUAUAUUAUAGCAAUGAAGAGGUUAACCCUGAUGGUGUCAAAACUCCUCUUCCAAAAAAUGAAAAUCCUGAAAUUCAUUGAUGCUCAGCGGAGUGUAUCUGGGGCAAAUAAGAUAUGCAUUUGGCCUGCAGAUAAAAGACACAAUGUUAAAUGGGCUGUCAGGAAAUGAAUAGAGUUGGUUAACUCACAGCAUUGUGUGCAUAAGAUCUAAGAGCGCAGGUGAAAAGCUGAGGUGCCAGUAUUCUAAUCUUACAAUUUGCCAAACUGUUCUGUCUGUGUAAUGUGAGGAGCGCGGCUCACACCCUUUACUCAGGUCAAAGUACCGUGCACAAUUCAUUAAUCAUGUAGGCCUUUGAAAAGACCAUCAUUUCACUCUCCCAAUACGGGAUGGACUCUGGUCACAGCCAGCGGACAUGGAUAGAUUUUGUGGUAAUUCAAAAGCACAGACUAGGCAUUCUUAUCAGUCGAACACAGGACUGUGUCCUUCAUAAAGUGCUCUGAGAACUCUGAGAACAUUUACCCAUUACAAAUUGUCCACAUUCACCGAAUCUGAAAAAAAAACAAGGAGCAAGUCUAUGAGACAAAGUGGACACAUAGCCAGCCUGAAGCUCCCGAAUACAGAACAUGUGUCCAUUAUGAACUGUGUGGACAUGUGCAGAAAGCUAAAAUAAGGAAAUAAAAAAGUUUAACGAAUAAGAAAUUACUUAUUUGUACCUAUUUUAAAAAAUUCCAUAUUGAUCCAACCCCAUCAUUAAUCCUUUGGUAACCAGUAAACUAAUGGCACCUACAUAGUUCAUGAUGUUCCACAAUCUGCUAUAUAUUUAAUGUGCAUUCUCAGCUCUAAAUAUGUAAAAGUAAAAAAAGAAAUGGGUUUACGAUUUUAUGUAUCGUCCUAUACUAUAUGUAUGAGUUUAUAUAUCGUACUAUCAUAAGUCUAUGGUAAUUGGUGGGAUUUAAUUGCAUUUCUCAACAGUACUGAUAAGGAAUCCAAUAAAUAAAAUGUUCACUUUCAUAAAUACUUAUGUGUAUUGCUUUGUUUCAACACUUUCUCCGUUGAAUUAUAUCUAUACUUUUCAGUUCUGUCAAAGCAGAGAGCAACAACAGUUGAUAAAAUAUAAGCAUACAGCACACCUGCAGUCCAUCAGCGGUUCUGUCCAUGCUGAGGAUAAUAAAUUAUAAACAUUUCUGGAAAACAGGUUAUAAGUCACUGAAAGGAAAAUCUGAGUGAAGAAAUCCAGCAACGACCAGUGAAAUCGACUUUGCGGAAAUUUGAUAUCCUAGAAUUUAAAGGAAUACCCCAAUGUAAUUUUUUUUAAAAAGCAUGCAUGCAUUUAUUGCUGCAUUGUUUUAUUGGGGUAUAUCUACAGUUUGCAAAAGCUGAAGAUCUGCUCUCUUCUGCCAUUGCAAGCCCUCCACUUUUCCCCGGAUAGACUUUUUUGUGUCUGUCCAAUGACAUUUCCCAAUGCAGCUCAUUGAUAAUUCUUUACAAGGCAGACAGGCACUCUGGACAAUUGUCUGCCACUUGAGUUUAGUUCCACUGAGCUAAUCUAGCAGGAAGUCACAAAACUGGAUGUCUGACAGUCGGGAGUGGGAGAGAGUUAAAAAAUUUAAUUUAUACAUUUGCCAAUUUCUGUACCUUUUGUAAAAUUAAACAAAGAAAACACUUCAGCAAGAUAAGUACUUUAGGCGUAUGGAGUGAUCCUUUAAAGUUUGAAUCAGGAGACUAUGUUGAUAAAAGGUGGCUACUUAUUCUAGGAAUCAAAAAGCUGUAUUUAUCAAUUCACAUAAAUUUAUUAGAAUUGGUUAAUAUACUUCUUAAAUGUUCUUUCCAAAUAUUUGUAAUUUGGAUCAAAAGAUCAGUUUGCGAGUAAAGUUUUUUGCUGAUAGAUGAAAAUAUACAUUUGAUAGUAAGACUUGCAGAAGUUUGAAAACCCACAGCAAAUUCAACAGAAAAAUGCACAUUACAUUGUGAACUCCUUCAAAUGGAACAUUUGACAUGCCACACUUGCUGCGUUUCCACAUAGAUGAACCCUUAAUAAGUCAGUCAGAUAAAUAAGACGAGAAAUCUAUAUGGUGGUUUUAGGAGCUGCAAGAUUUCCAGAUGUCAAAAAUGCAUGAUUUACCAGAAGAAAUAGCUUUUAGCAGUUGAAUUUUAAAGGACCACUAUAGGCACCCACACCACUUCAGCUCAAUGAAGUGGUCUGGGUGCCAGGUCCAUCUAGGGUUAACCCUGCAGCUGAAAACAUAGCAGUUUCAGAGAAACUGCUAUGUUUAUAUUAGGGUUAAUCCAGCCUCUAGUGGCUGUCUCACUGAAAGCCGCUAGAGGCGCUUCCCACUGUGAAAAUCACAGUGAGAAGACGCUGCUGUCCAUAGGAAAGCAUUGAGAAAGCCUGGCGGGAGUGGGAUCCUGAGGGUGGGGGGUCCUAAAGACCCUAUAGAGCCAGGAAAACUAGUUACACCAAAAGGGCAAAUACUUACUCCAUUUUUAAAUACUUGCACACAUUUCUUGCUGCCUUGAUAGGAAUAGAAAGAUUUUUGAGAUCAAUUCUUUUUGUCCUUUUUUUAUCUUAUUGUCCUAAUUUAUAGGUGCUGUCUAUAUUGUUGGUGUGCCUGAGUGUAAGAGAUCCACAGCAAUAAUACUUCCAGUAAUGAUUCUUUAAACCACAAUAUGUUCCCAGAAAUUAAUCUGUGUAUAUACAAUAGAAAAUUCUUGUUAUAAAUUACUUUUUAAAUGAAUAAAUUGCUAUUAGUAAGUCACCUAAAAUUUCCCUAAAAAGUCUUGCCCUUGGUGACUACCAAAAAAUGUAAAUGUCUCUUUGUCCAUUUGAAUUUGCCAAUCUGAACAGUUGACCUGUAUGCACUAGGAUAGAGGUGAAAAAUAGAUCCACACUGCAGUUCCUAUCUUGCUUUACCAGCUGCAAGGAUGGCAAAGUAUCGAGGGAGUUGUAUCUCUGCAACUGCAGUAGGCAGUUAAAAAGCAGUUCCCAUUAUAGAUUAGCAGUUUGUUUUGUUUUAAAUGGUUUUUAUUGUUUUUGCAGUAAAAAACGCAUGCAUAGUGUGAGAAGCAGAAUUCAAUAGAGUGUUGCCUGCGCAGAGGCUCAGUGUUGCAUAAAAACAUAGUUGUAUGUGUGCCUGCGCAGAGGCUGAUUUAAAGUGUGAGCAGGCUUAUUGCGGAUUCCUAGGAAUAACAUUUGGUUGCCUGCGCAGAGGCAUAGAUUAGCAGUUUGGCCAACAAUAGCCUAGUCAGAAUUUAUAUAAUUAUAAUUCAGUAGUCACAUUAGGAAGUUUCAAACCACAUGGAAACAUCUUGUACUCAGAUGCCUUUAAUCAAAAGGAAGUUCCUCAAAUGGAGUUAUUUUUUAAACUAUAUCAUAGUUUAACAGUCAUUGAUGUCACUAUAAACAACAUGGGUUUCCUCUGUGACCAAUUUAGCUCAAAAGGCACCGUUUCUUAACAUUUUAAAACCACAAAAGAUGGUAAACAAUAGAAUCGCAUUUAAUUUAGGGUAAGCUUUUCAAAUAACAUUUGAUACUUAACAUAUUUUUUGGUGGCAUGCUGCAUAAUUCAUAGCACAAACAAGUAAUAUUAUUCACAGACUGAGAGUAUCUCCCCAGUAAUACCUCUUGCACCUGCUUGCAAACGUCAUACCUGAUUUUUAGCUGUAUUAUUCAAAACAAAACCUGUGCCAAACUAUGCUGAGUACAUGUGAAGUCACACCAGAACACGGGUCUAGAUUCACUGUUAUAUGGACAAAAUGGUCGUGUUUGUUUUUAUGAACACCCUGUUGAUGGGUUCCUUUAGGCAGUUGCCUGAUCGCAAGUAUAGAUGUACCAGCCAUCCGUUAAAUAUUUAGCCUGUACAUGUGCCAACAUCAUUCUCUCUGUAAGAAGUCUAUGGCAUGGAAGUUGACUGAUAAUCGAAAUAGCUUCUGCCUCUGUUAACCUAGCAAGAAAAAAAAUCUGCAUGCUUUUCAUGAGCUGCUAGCUAGCAUAGAACUCUUCACGUUUUGUCUGACCCCUAUCCAGUCUUUAUAAAAAAAAAAAAAAAAACAGUUUGAAAAGAAGCAAACACAGCCCACUUGAAAGGCCCAUGGAAGUCCUCUUCUUUUUGUCAUUGAAUAAGAUGCUUGUUCGAGUGCAGGAAUGUGGAGCUCUUACUGUAAUAUCUUACUUAAGAAUGUAGCAUACCAGCACCGGAAUCUACUUAGCUGAGGAAUUCUGCCCUUGGGAGAGCUUUAAAGAGGCUUUGGUCACUGGAAGCUGUUGAUUUAACCUUGCUCAAAGGGUCACAACGAGACCUCCUGCAUCUUUCACAUCUCUUUGCUUCUGGCACUGCUCAAGUUCAAGGGUGUCUCAUUGACUCCUUAGCUACAGGAAGGGCUCUUCACAUUUGGACAUGUUCCCUCUUUUACUGGCUAUGUUAAAUAUGACAAAAAAAAUUUUUUAGCUUCUCUUAAUCCCUUCAACAUUAUUUGUUAAAUUUGAGCCUUUAAAUUUACGUGUAUUUGUAUGUAUGGUUAAGUUAAAUAUGAAUAUAUUAAAAAUAAAUAUGUGCAAUCUUAAUGAUUAUUUAAAUCUCUAUAUGGGGUUGUUAAAUACUAUUAUAUGAAGCAUAACAAGUAUGGUGUUUUCUACAUAAAUGUAACUCUUAAAUACAGUAGAACUUCCAUCUUUCCCUGGAGUGCACCUCUCUUGACCUUGGUGCAUGACCUUUUGUUAUGUGGAACAUCCUUCUUUUGAAAGGUGAAAAUCAUUUGGUGCUAAUUAGAGUUUUCCUUUUAAUCAUAGCCUGUUCUAGGAACAAGCAAAAAAACAUAUGACUGGUCAUUUAUUUGGCCAGUUAAAAAGUCCAUUGUCAGACUCAACUGUCGACAACAUGCGACACACCAGCUGUUGAGGUUGCGAAAUAUGUAUACAAAACAGGGAAACCCCUUGUGUUGGACUCUCCAAUGCCAAUGAAUUAACCACUGUUCCCAUUAUCCCAAACUGAUAGACAUCCUACAGAUUUCCAGCUGUGUAGCACAAAUCUGCACUAUCAAAGGUUUUAUAGAUUGGUUAUAGCAAGAUAUGUGCAUAGUUUUUGUAGCGUUUGUAACUCUAGAAAAAAAAGGAUAUGUUUGUACUUGAUAACUAGCACUAUAGAAUGUGUUCUCAACUUCGAGGUCAACAAGCAAAAUAAGCAAGAGGUUCCCUUUGAAGUUGCAGGGGGUUUGCUAUAAAAUAUGGCACAGGGGAACCUUUAAACUAACAUAUAUCCUUUUCCACCAAGGGUCUAUUCAUUCUAUUACACUUCCUGAUGUGUUAUUGGCUAUUUUUAUCUGCUAUUCUAAUUCCCAUACCAUCUGUAUUCACCUCUCGUUCUUCCGUUCCAGCUGUAUAGGGUGUAAUAUGAAUUGUUUCCAAAGGAAGGCAUAUAUCAACAUUUGGAAGUUAUCCUGAGAUUAGGAAAUGCAUGCCCAUCAUACUUUAGUGCUGGGGAAUGUUUUCACAUAAUGUUCAGUGUGUUCUGGGGUGUCUACGCUAUAAUUGUAAAAUGCGGUCAUAAUAAAAAUAGAGGGUGUGUACCCCAUUAACAAUGGUCAGAAUUGAUGUGACAGCCACUUAUUCUCUUUGAAUUUUUAUCUCAAGCCUUCCAUGCAAGAUUCAAGAAUGAGGUAAAUUGCUAUAAAUAACUUAACGUUAAACUGCCAUUAGAAUUGAUUAAAUGUACCGUUCCCUUCUUACUGGUGACCAUACCUCUUACUCAUCACGUAAAAGCACUAGUGUAGUAUUUACUGAGAUAAUUAUGGAGCAAUUGGGAUUUGAGUUAAAUGUCAAACUGCUAGAAAACCCUUGCAUUUCAUGGACAUUAACGAGACAAAGAAAAGCAGAAGUAAUUUUUUUACUUGGCUGUUAGAUUGUACCAUUUCCCUUGAAGUAACAUAACAGUUCUUGCUUAUCUUGUUGAGAGUUAACAACCAAUUAAAAAAAUAUGGCAGCGUUAGAAAACAUCAGAUGCAGAGUUUGAGGUUUGGUAACUUGGGUAUUUGGCAUAAACUUUCAAGUUGUUGACAGCUUGAAACAAGAUAUACUUGCAUGUUUCUUGUAGUUCAGCUGUUAAUUAUAUUUUCUUUUGAACCACUUGGAGCUUUCAUUUUUCAAAAACUAGCCAUUGGUUUUAUUGGAAAGCAGAGGAGGUAGCACCUGGGUACCAAUUAUUAGACUUGCUGUUGUGUUUAAAUUCUUUGAUUUCUGGAAUCAUCUACAUUGCAUUACUCACUUUACUGUCCCUUUAAGUUUUUUUCCUGUAUCCUGGAUAAGACCUAUUUUCCCAGUGCUAACAAUCAAUGCUGUAUUCAACUUUUUUUUUGACCAAGGACAAUGACUGGUUUAAUAAGUUAACACAUCCUCUUUUUGAACCCAUAUUUCACAUUAACAUAUAUUUACUUAUUUGGUAUUUACUGUGCAUAUGAGGGCAGGAAGUUGAUAUGUUGUUACCUAUCCCUAUGGAAUGAAUAAGUAUUGAUAAUACUAAAUAUAUAGGACAUUUAGAUGCAGAUAUUUUGUAGUAAAAAAAACACCAACGGUAGGGUCUUUAAAUACACGAUAUUGAUGAUGACACAGAAUUUCAUUAAUCCUUAAAAUUUCGGGGCAUAGUUGCUGCUUUUUGAAGCCUUGCAAAUGAAAAAAUACAAUUUCUAAGAAAUAGUAAUUUUUACAUUUUACAUUACCUUUGGCUGUUUGUGGCUGCCAGAUAGAAAGUCACUAUGGGUUUUCAAAAUAGAUUCAAUUACUGAAUCAAUUCAGAUUGAAUUAAAUUGAACUAUGCUGAAAUCAGAAGUUGUGUGUAUUCAAUGAUUAUAUGAGAAACAUAAUAUUCAGUGAUUCUUUCUGUCCCUGGAAUAAAUGUACGUUUUAAUGGCUUUUUUAAUUUUGGGAUUUUUUUUAAGAGAUGGCAGUCCAAAUUUAUAUUUUUAGCCUGGUCCUUUAAGGGCUUAAAAAUGUAAAUAUUAAUUUACACUAAAGACAAGGCGUAAAAACAGCAGAACCUGAAAAUGUGUUCAAUGUGUAGUUAUGGCCAAGUGUGCUGUCGGAUCUGGUUGUGAAAAGUGUUUGAUUAACACACAUUUUCUGUGAAUGCUCUGCAGUGUCACAAAUCACACCUUGGCAUCAGGGGAUGAAAAUAGUUAAUACGUUUCUCACAAACACAUUGUGGGUUUUUGUCUUCAUUUUUCUGAAUACUAUAACUUUAACUUCUUGACAGAAGUCAGUAUACUGAAUAACGGGCAUGAUAAAGCCCUUUUGUGAGCUGAAAAGUUGCUUAUGUGACUAAUAAAUUAUACUGCCCUUUUUAACACUGAAACUGAGCCCCGUAUUGCUGGAUAAAUAAGUCAUUGUGCUGCCAGUAUGAUUUAAAACCAGUCUUUAAAUGAACUCCAAAAAACAUAGCAUACUGUAGUGGUUAUGGUGUCAUGAGUGCCCUGCCGUUCCCUUAAUACAAGCAUUCAAAUAGUUUAGUAAGGGUUUGAUCUCUUACUUGGAGUCCACCACACACCACUUCCUGCCUCUUCUGGAAGCUAUCAGCUGACAUUUUCACUUGGGGUUAAGAGGACACAGUAGUGGCACCCAGCACCACCCAGUGGAGCAAGGGCACAUCUAGCACCAUAAAGACUACAGCAUGUUGUAGUGGAUAUAGUGCUUGGAGUGUUCCUGUAAGACUUCUGUUAUUCUGUGUUCACAGGUGUUUUUGUUAGCUUUAGAACAACUUUUGUUGAUUCAUGUUCUAAUGAAGCGUUCUUAGUGAAUUUCCAAUGUUAUCAUAAAUAAUGGUACAGCUUCAUUGAUAUAUAUUGCUUUACUGCUUCCAAUGUAUGUGUCAAGUGACCCUUAAAUAUUCAGAUGUCUGGGCCUGGUGGUGCCUAGAAGGUUGGCUCCUAGACCAAGAUAGGGUUAGUCGAAACAAAAAGAUACAUUCAAAUAGAAGAAGUGGAUGGCAAAAGCAUCGAACUUUAUGUGGACAGGCCAUGCAAAAAUGCAUGGUUAUAAACGUCUCCAAAAUUAGAGGAGACUGAAGGGCUGAUAAUCAGUUAUCAAACCCUAAGACUCGAUAGUGGGGCAUGCAUGUUUAAGACUGUAGGUCCUAUCCAAGCAUAAUCUCAUAUAACGCUAAUUGAAAAAUUAAAAUAAUAACUGAGAUAAAAAUAAACAAUGAUAAUCUCUUAUGAUAUUAAUUUGGCUACUAACAUUGCAAAAGCAGAAUGUUCUCACACCUCUGUAAAGAUGAAGAGCUCCCCUAUUAAAGGAGCGACAUGUGAUGUGACAGACUUGCCAAAAUAUUGUUUUUCCAUAAAACUUGACUGAUCUAUUGUGGGAAACUGUUACAUCCGAGAAUGAUUGCCUGAAUGAUGUGGAAUAUUUGGCACUUUAUUUGAGCAUCCUGUUGGCUUUGGCCACAGGAGUGAGGUAUGCUUUGAUCUUGUAGCUCUAUGCUUAUGUACCAGUUCCUUGUCGCUUUUAAUGUGCCUUCAGUGACCCAGAAAUAGAAACCUCUUAAAUUGUAUGUACAGUUAGCUCCCAUGGCAUCCUGGGAAAUAAAAAAAGAAGUGUUCAGAUUCAAUUUAAUACCUCCCCAACAUUAUUUUUUUUAACACUGAUCACCCAAGAAGAGUAGAAGUCCACAACAGCCCAAAUAUUUUUGCCCAAUGGUUUGCACUGAACAUGGUAGCAUGUAUGGUAUUCAUAGUAAUGGUAUAAAUGAAUUAAAUUAUUAACCUAAAAUUCUAAGUGUUUACAUUGAUCUGUGGUAAGGUAACUGAGAUCUGCUAACUGAUCUGUGGGUUAGGUUGUUAUGCUUUUUUUUUUUUUUUGCAUUUAACAUUAAUAUUGCAAUCCUAUUAAAUGUUUGUUUGGAGAGAAAAAUGAAUCACCUAUACAUGGCUUUUUUUUUGUUUUUUGUUUAGGUUUAUCGAGCAAAUAUUAGUAUAGAUUUCUUACGAUGAAUUUUAAAAAAAGGCUAUUCUAUGAUGGCCUUAGCCUUCCGGCACCCUGGAAAAGUAUUUCAUUGAUGCCAGUUAUCACCCUGCAUAACCCAUAUAUAACACCUUUAAUCCGUGGCCGGUAGUAAGAUAGCGUCUCAAGUUUCUAGUCUCUGAGUUCCGGGGAUACCAUACACUGCUGAAUUUCCACGAACACACGUGUGGAGAGUUUAUUGAAGCAUGUUGCUUAUGGAAGAGGAUUAGAAGGGGCCCAAAAAGGGACACUAAAGAAAGAACACAGGGAAUGUUUAAUAGACCGUUUUGCCCUGUAAAAUAUGUAAGAUGCACCCACAAGCAAUAAAUGUAAACCCAUUUUAAAGUGCAUAUGACUGUGUGCAAAGAAAUAGCUUGUGGUUUAGACAUUACAAUUCAGAUCUGCACAACAAAGUUGCUGGCAGAUAACUUUGGAUAAUAUUAUAUAAGAUGAAAAAUCUGUAUAUUCCACCACUUUGUAAUUUUCUUGAGCUUUCCAUUUUCCAUCGCACAGGAAGGUGGGGCAGGUGUGUCUAUUAGUCCAUUUUCAGGGAAGGCACUAACGUUUUCUAAAAUUCAGAAAAUCAACUUGAGCAGCAUCUAAUUUAGCUUUACAAUAUGGUUCUAAAUUCAUAGGAGUCACAUAAAAAUUUAUUUGUAAAACCACUAUAUUUAAUGGUUUCAUAGGUCGGUAAAGGGUUAAACACCUGUCCCAUCCUGUCUGGCAGGUGUGAAUGUUAAAUGAAGUGGGCACGACACAGUGUAAAUAAAUAACCCACAAUGUUUGGGUGAGUCUGGGAGAUCAGAUUCCAAAACAUGGGGGAAAUAAAGGAAAGCAUUGUACGCAAUAUCUCCUCCCAACGCCUCGCCACAACCUUAGCAAAUUUUUCAUCUCCGACUGCAUAAAUACCAGUUGUAUCCUGCCCCUUUUUGUGAGCUGACAUUCAUACAGUCUGCUUUUUUCCCUUCUCCUCCUAAAUCAUUAUGUUCUGGGAAAAGAAAACAGCCAUUUUAUUGAUGUUAUAUACUAGUAGUAUCUUGCUCCAAUUUUAUUCAUUUUUUGCCAUUUAUCUGGCAAUCCUUGCCUUUGAUGUCACGUUAAGGUAAAGAAAAACAAGGAAUAGCAAACUGCUCGUGAUAAAUUGUUGUGUCGAUACAUUCUAAAGUGAAUUUCAAAUUUAAGACCAAAGCAGCUAAACUAAAAGCAAAGUUGACAGAAAAUGUUUAAAGUUCAGCUAUCCUGAACUUAAAGGAACAAUAUAGUGUUAGAAACACAAACACGUAUUCCUGACGCUAUAGUGGUAAAAUCAAUCUUUAGCCCCCGCCUCCGUUUGAAAAAAUAUUUGACUUACAUUUUUUCCAGCGCCGCACUGGUCUAGCCGCGGCUGAGAUAAUCAAAUUUGACAAUUUCAUAGCCAAUCCAAUGCUAUCCCAUAGGAAAGCAUUGGGAGACUAUUGAGCAUGUGUGGCAAAACACCAUGCUGCACCAAUUUGCUUCUCUUCAUAGAGGUGCAGUGAAUCAAUGCAUCUUUCAGUGUGUGAACAUCAGUGCUGACCCACACAGCACCUCUAGUGUCUCUGAAAAUGCAGUGUUUUACAUUAAAAAGCUAAAAAUGCUAUAGUGACCAGAACAACUAUAUUAAGGUAUGCUUGCUCUGGUGACUCCUGGUAUACUCUUAAGAAGAAUAUUGCUGGCCUCCCAUGGACACCAUUUUUGUUGUGUGUGAUGAUAUGACCUUCAUAUAUCGUCCGUGGGUAUUAUUAUUAUAUAACUUACAGCACUAAACUGCUCCACUAAAUGCUAAAGACUCCUCUGGUAGCGUAUGUAGGAUAUACUGAGCUGAUAACUGGUUACCAUAUGGUAUUAUAUCAUCCAGUCUUCUGGCAAAUCUUACUAGUAAUUACUCUAUAGAGGACAAUGAAUAGCCAUAUCUUAUGAGACCUCAAAGAAGAGACAACACCAGUUUCUUUCUUGGCAACUCCUUAGAACUCAGAUUCACCCUGACUCCAUUUAUUGUAUCACGAUCCUGCUUACAAAGAUUACAGCAUACAGUAAAAUAAACAUUACAAAAAACAUUCACCAAUAGGAAUACAGAAGAGAUCACAGAGAAAGAACUACAAAGCAAUAACAUGAUUUCUUACACUAGUUACCACCUCCCCCUGUGCCAGUACACCAUGACAACAAAAGGUUAUCUUGAUUGGACCCACUGUCCCUUCAGAGUAAUCUCUGGUUACAUCAGUGGUAGUCAACCUUUUUCUACCUACCGCCCACUAAUGCAUCUUUCUUGAUGGAAAAUUUCCUUACCGUCCACCAGUGUUCGCGCAAGAGCGGAAUAUUUUUUAGAAAGAAGGGUGUUUUAAAAAAAUAAAUAAAUGUACGUACAUUUAUCUUUUUAUUUUUACUUUAUGCAUGUUUAGGUUUUUAACUUUAGAAAGUUUAUUGAGAAAACAAAGAAAAUUGAAAUUACCUUUACUAGUGAUUAAUGAGAUCCUUGAGGUUGAUGCUGCGAGACUAAAUAUUUAAUAUCUGGUUCGAUUUUUGUAAGGAACAAACGAAGGUCUCCUCUUUCGGUGAUAUUCAGACGACUUCUCUGUUUGCUCAUAAUAUGAUUUCUCAUCUGUGCGUCAGCUUCCCUCCUCAAUUCCCCUCCCCACCUUUCUCCCCCCCCCUUUUUCUAUUUUUUUAACCUUCCUUAUAGCAAUGCCCAGUAGGAGGGCUGAGCUAGGCAGCCCACUUACUAUAGCCCACUAUAACAGAGAGGCACACAUACAGACACACACACAAGACACACAUACAUACAGACAUACAAAGAUACAUACAGACACAAGACACACAUACAAAGACACACGCCAUAUACAUACAAAGACAAGACAUACAUAGAUAUAUAGAGAGAGACAGACACACAUAAGACACAUCCAUACAAAGACACAUACAUACAGACAGAAAGACACACACAAAACAUACAUACAAAGACACAUACACACAAACACACACUAAAUAUUUUAGUCACCCUUCUGUUUCCUACCUUUUAGGUGCAGGAGGGUGACAUUCCCUGGGGUCCAGUGGUGACUCAGGUGGAUGGGAGUCAGAGUUCCUACUCUGACUCCCUCUGCUUCCUCCUGCGCGGUCUGUGUUAGCUGGGAGGGGUGACAUGCAGUCACUUCCUCCCAGCUCUGUGUGAUGUAAUCACAGGUGGCCCGGUCGCGCUGUUAAAGUGCCCAGUGCUGACCGGGCCCCCUUACAAUCCAUAACCAUCGGGUGGCCCAGACAGCAUGGGCCACCCAAUGAACUCCUUGGACGGUGGCCGGGGCCGCAAAUGGUGAUGGCAGGUACCCAGUUGCAGGGGCACUGCUGGCUCGCGCCUGUCCAAUCUCUCAAAAUGAGGAAAUCCCUACCGCCCACCGGGAAUCCUGAAACGCCCACUAGUGGGCGGUAGGGACCAGGUUGACUACCCAUGGGUUACAUCAACACAGCCCUUUGCUGUCAGAAUAAAUUUCACACCAAACUAUACUUUAUAGUUUAUAGAGCUGCUGCCUCCCAACCCUUUGUUUUCCCACAGCUGCAUAUACAGAAACACACACGGCUUUAUGUAUAAUAUAGGUACACAAUACAGCGAUAUCUAGAUACAUGGAAAACAGUCACAAAAAUGGCGCAGCAAGCUCAUGGCUUGCGCCAAACAAAUCAGGCCACCAAUUACAUUGUGAGUUACAGAAAUGCUGGUGGUAGAUACUAAGGGGUUUAAAACAAAACAGAUAUUUUGACAGCUAUAUAUGAAGUUUAGCUGAUAAAGGAUUCUGUGGGAGCCGAUACCUUGUAUGGUUUUCCAAUAAAAUCUACCUAAGCACCAUCUGUAUGUGCCCGGUCUAACUUUCUUCAUGAUUAUAGCUAAGCAUGUAGAUGACAAAAUGGCACCAUGCCAUAUUUGGAAUGACAGAUGCACAUUUAAUAUUUUUACUGUUUUCUAUUUAAUGUACUGUGGUAGUAUAAAUGUAUACAACAAUUAAAUCGAUGGAAAAAUAUGUACAGUGCGUUGUUUAGAACCUACUUAAUCACUAAGCUAAUGUAGGUGGAAAAUUUAGAAAAAGCACCUUAUAGUCCAGAAUUUUCUCCUUAACAAAUUCUGGACUGUGUCUUCUAGACUUUUUUCAGAAUUUUCCUCUCUAGCUUUAGCUAUAACUAAAUGCAGUCAGUGACUAAUUAGAAUGUUCUGCAUUGAAUUAGGUUUGGCUGUCACUAGCAUUGGUUAGCGGUUAGCUGUGUAAACUUCUGAAUAAUAGUCUGUGGGACACAAUUUCUCAAGAGUGCAUUAGCAACGAUGCGGUACUAUUAACCCUUGCACAACCUCUGGGUUAACAAGUAAUACAAGACACUAGACAUAACCACACCCUUGUAGUUUGGAUUAUCAUGGUAGAUUCCUUCCAGGCUAAACCUAAAACAAUGUUCAGUGUGAUUGUAUGUGAAUAUUUCUUUUCAGUCUUUGAAGUGGAGUUCUGAUCAACUUCUCCUUAUUACACUUGGGGAUCUGAUGAUCUAUGCCAUUAUUACUACCUCACAAAUGUCCCUAUUUUACAUUUCAAAAUGUCAGAGGGACUGACAAAUGUACAAGCUGUGGUUUAAAAAAUGGCAUUGAAAAGAAUAGUUGGAUGACUUAAUGACCUAUUCAUUGUUUGGCUAAUUUUAGAACAAAGUAUUAAGAGCAAGGACUUUGUUUAUAGAAACUAAGAAAGCAUGUGAAUAAUACAUAUAAGUGCAAGUUUAUCUGUUCUAAAGUUCUAAAAUACACUUGCAUACACCAGCAUCUGAAAAGGGAUACUAGGGUACAAGAAGGACAGAUAUAAUGUACAGCCUGAUGAGGGGAACCUAGUAGUAUAUUAAAUAAUAGAAUAACAUACCUCUGAUGUAGUGGCUUCAAUUUAGGGAUUUUGUGUAUGAGAGCUCAAAAGUGCAGCCGAUUAGGAAGAAACGGUAGCUGGUAAAUGUCGUUUCAAGGAUGAAGCAUACCUUAUGCCAUUUAUAGUAUUUCUAAAAUAUCUGCAUUUUCACCAAUGUUUAACAUAUUGAGUACAUUUUCUCCAAAAGCUUUAUCUCAUCCAUGGGAUUGUGCCAUGGUGGGAGAGGUGACUAUAUGGUGUAUUAAUGCAGACCCCAAAUGUGUCUAUUGUAGAGAAGCAAACAUCCAAGACAAAAUAAACAAUUUUCUGAAAUUUGAGAAACUUAAUAACAUGAUAAUGUCACAUUGAAAUCCAUACAACACAAUACAUUGUUUCUACACAGAAAAAUAUACAUGUAGCCGGUCACUAGUCUAGAUGUUGUUCAAAUUAAAAGGACACUGUAGGCAUCCAGACCAAUCCAGCUCAUUGAAGUGGUCUGGGUGCAGUGUCCAUUUUGCACCUAGUGCUGCAAUGUUAAACAUUGUAGUUCAAGAGAACUGCAAUUUUAACAUUGCAACUCUAAGUCUGCCCACAGCUUCCUGAUUCGAAAUGGACCUUUGGUCUGCUAUCUGCUAUCUAUCACAUUCUGCAUGAGGACAUCCAGCGUCAGAUUUUUUCCCCAUAAGAAAGCAUUGAUUCAAUGGUUUCCUAUGGUGAGGUCUAAUGCACAUUAUCGCCCGCUCAUCGCAGGCUGUCGGAGGGGAGGCAGGGAGAGAGGGAGGGAGGCAGAUGAAGCUACAGUGCUAGGAAUACAGAUUUGUAUUCCUGGCACUAUAGUAUCCCUUUAAACGACCACGUUUCCGCAUCGCAAACACAGUCAAACUCACUGCUUGGUGCAGCUUGGCGAUUUUUUGUGCAUGCGCACUAGCCUCCCAAUGCUCCCUAUGAGGAAGCAUUGGAUUAACUAAGAUCAUAAAGAUUCAGCUCUUCACAGUCAAAGAGGUAGGACAAGGCGAGGGAUGAAAAUGUAUGUUAAUAGGUUUUUUUUACUUAAGACUGCGGGCAGUUACCUAAACUGUUAGCAGGAAACUAUAGUGUUAAAAAAACAUGUUGAUACUUAAUUUUAUUACCACUGGAAGAAGAAUAAAUGGCUGAGAUGAUAAUGCUGUGAUCAAACUCUGUGGCUAGAGUGUAUACCUAUAGACUGAUCUGCUGUCAGAUUACUAUUUACUGAAUAAAUCCCUAUAACCACACUGAAUUUGUGCAUUGUAGUUUGGAAAUAUAUGCCUGGGGUGUCAACUCUAUGCCUGCUACAAUAGAACUGCUUUAGCACUAUAAUAACACUACGGGUGUGUUACCUAAUUACAGACAUGUAACCAUAGAAUGUUAUAUGAACUACAAAGGAAACUUCAAAGGGAAUCUGGAAAAGAGAUUUACAGGUGGUAUUUAUGACUAAUCCUUUGUAACAAAGUAAUAUUAUAAAAUAAUCACUGUCUCUAUGUAAUGUAAAACAGUACAUAAUUUAAACAUAAAUGUAAAAUAAUACAGUUAAACUAUUAAUAUUUUACAGUCCAUUAACUUUAGUUUUUUUUUGUCUUUUUUAGUGAUAAGAGCCAAAGUGGUGGGGAAGAAACUUAUGAAGGAUGGACCUUUUGGAACCAUGCGCUACACUGUAAAACAAAUGAAAGUAAGAAGUUCAUACCCCUGACCUCAUUAUAAAACCUGUACAUCUAUGUAGACAAAUAUUGUUGCUUUUAGUAUUAAAGAAAAUCUCCAAGCACCAUAAACACUACAGAGAGAAUUGCCCUGGCACUACACCCAUCGUAAGUUGUCAAAUCGUUUUAGAAUGCUGGGUUCCAAAUGCUACCCACCUCCUCUUUCACAGCCAGAGGGCCGAUAGCUUCUGUUUAGGAACUUUUGUUUGCUGUCCUGAGCUAAGCUUGUCACCUGAUUGCCUUCAUUCCAUCAGCUAAGCCCUGCAUUUUACGAUUUAGCUCAGACAAAGAGAACUUACUUCUCUGGCUGAGGUAGUGGAUAUGGGGAGCAAUACCAGCAGACAACAGGUGGGAGGUGUGCCAGAGCACUCCUGGCACCAUAACCACUAAAGCACGCUGUAGUGUACCUUUAAAGUUGCAUACCUCCAGCAGUCCUAGUUCCAAAUGUUGAAGUGUAUUAAUAGUUAAUGAACCAAAGUCUACUGUUUUACCUGUAUCUGGUAUAUCACUCAUGCUUAAUAAAAAAAAACAAAAACAAAAAAACUCAAGGCGAAUUUGAUUUAAGCGUGAAUUUCAAUUUGUAGUCCAGAAUAGCUGAAUUGGAAAAAUUCUGUAUUUCUGCUCUAUUUUUACUACCAUAAUGAGUAGGGCUCAAAAAACAUAUAGUCUGAAUAAAUAAUAGAAGCAAAAGGCUAAUUUAAUAUAGUGGUAACAGUGGAACUUUUGUAUCUGAGAAAUUAGAAAGUAGUUUUUUUCUUUCUAUUUUCUUUAAAUGCUUUGCUAUCCUGAAACAGCCAGAGCAUUGCUUGCAAAAUAUUUUGACCGUAACACAACUGUGUAUGCUGGCGCCAUGAGACACGCAUGUUCAGAGUACUGUGGAAGGAGAUGGUACAAGGUACAAUAUUUCUCUGCAGAUGCUCAAGCAUGCAUCAAGAUCAUUAAGAGUUGAUAUCAUAACCCUGGAAACUGAAAUGUUGUGGAUGUAAGUGCAUACUUACCUCCACUACACUACUCACUUUAGUAAUGUUUAUUAGUGCAGUGUUAUAGUCACUUUCAGGGUAAUGAUGAUGCCACUAAGUUUAUAAACUCAAGAAUAAAGCAUUGCAAAACCAUUUCUUUUCCAAUAUAAAUGCUGUAUCUACCAAUAAAGUUUCUAAGUGUUUUGUCUUGUUUUUUUGAACAUAUUUAAUGGCCAAUGUCCAUUGGUAGGGGACAUGGUAAUUCAGCAUGUUGGUUUUGUAAACACAUGAUCUAAUCCUUUUUUACCUCGUCUUUCUCUGGGCGCACACUGGUUAGACAGAUAUGUGCUUUCAAGCUUUAAUUCCAACUUUAAUUCCAAUUUUUCUUAUUUGUCAUCUUUGGUAAAGAAAUUCUCCUUUUUUUAUUUUCAAAAUUCUACAUAAAAUAACAUUCCUACUUUUUCUCUGGAGGCUGCCAUGUAGACAGGAGUGGCAACAAAAUGCUCUGCCAGUAGUCUGCCUCACCAACCCCCCCCCCCUACCUAAAGAGAUGGCUGCCUGGAGCAUCAACUUCGAGAACUCUCUCCAGUGUAAACAUACUUAUUAGUCUUUCUGGUAACCAUUUUCCUGCCACAGGAUCAUGCAAUGCAUGUGAAAGCAAAAUGGUUGCAGGUAUCUCUUCCAGCAGUUACUACAAUUAGGUGGAUUUUAACCAGACUGUUUUAAUAACUUGAUCUCAUAGCUUGCGAAGUGUAUGAGGUUAAAGGCUUGGCUGUGACCCUCGAGUCAUGAGGCUGGCUCAUUUCCCUUACCAAGAAAGGAAAGUAAUGCUUUUGGCUCAGUGUCUUAAAACCUGCAACUUAUUAAACAGAAUAAAGCUUUAGGGAGAAACAAGCAGGCCACAUGUCGUCCCAAUAACAAUUCUGUUAUUUAAAUGCAGAUCCAAGAGGGGCCAUGUGUAGGUCUUUGUGCGAGAAUGGAAAUCCAGAGCCAAAGUGACUAGUAGAUUUGGAUAAUAAGUAAUUUUGCAAAUGAGAAGCUGUAAUUUUGUGAUAAAAAGGUUUUAUAUUGGUAAAGUGCUGGAGGAUUCUUUUAUUUUUAAUAUUUGGAUUUAUAAACAGUAAUUUUAGUUGUAUGGCUGGGUAUAGUCAACCAUCAGUACUCUAGAUGUCGAUUUGAUAAUGUGCCAGCAUUAUGGCUGGAAGAGCAUUAUGGGAGGUGUAGUCCAAAACCUGGCUAUAUACACCAGCAUGUCACAUCUUUGGAACAAUAUAUGCAGUCUCCUGUGCUAUGUUUCUUCCAGCCAGCUGUAGUAGAAAAUCUACCACAACUGACCAACCAUAAUGAAAACAUAUCUUUCCAGGCUAAGUGUAGUGGAAGACGUACCUCUUAAGUUAAAGGGACACUCCACUGCCCAAAUACCAAAUAAAUAAAAAUCACUGUUUAAUAAAUAUAUCACCAAAAAAAAUCAAUAAUUUAUUUUAAAUGAAUACAAGCCUUCAUUAGGGGCUAUGUCUAAAAACAGCUUGCAAAACUUGCAGUUUUCUUGUCUGCUGCCUUUGUAAACCCUCCCCUUCUAACCAUGCCCAGACUUUAUGUGGCUGUCCAAUCACAGACUUCCCAAUGCAGCUCAAUGACAAGUCUUUGCAAGGCAGGUGCUCUGGGCGAUCCCUGCUUCUUGAGUUUAGCUCCACUGAGCUAAUGAAACCAGGAAAUAACAGGACCUGUUGUCUUCUUGAAAGCCAAGGUGGUAUAACCAGGUUAAUUUAUAAAGGUUUCAAUUUACAUUGAAAUCUGCACUUGUUCCAAAAUGAAAAGGAGACACAUUCUUCACACAAAGCUUUCCAGCAAAGUGCUUUAGGGGUCUGGAGUGUCCCAUUAACUGUAUUAGAAGAAUUUUGAUUGAUAUCUUCCCAGCCAACAAACUACCUAAUGGUAUCUAAUAGAUAAGUUCAUAUCUUGCUAUGUUUUAACUGAAUGUGUACUGCGUGUGUACGAAUUGUAAACAUGAGAAGAAUUAUGUAAUUUCUAAACAUGUUGUACUUGGAAUUCUAAGUCAGAAAACAAAUGUGCUGGGUAUUAUUUUUACACCCAUUAAUCUAUUUUGCUGCAAAAAACAUACACUUUCUUGCAACUACGCUUGAAUUUAAACAAAUGUGCUUUCAUGUUCUCAAUUCUCUGUAUUUUAAAAUCUAGACACAAUGGGGGGAUUUAUAAAGGUGUUUUGAAAAACAUCUUUGGUUCUUGGUGUCCAAUACAGGUUUAAGUUGUUUAUGAAAAAUGGUCUAAAAAUGUCCCCUUUACCCGCAUUCUGCCAUUUUUUUGUAAAAAUACAUUUCAGAAUAGACAUCCAAAUUUAGAGCGGCAGAAGAAAGGAAAUGAAACAGAAUUCUUUUCCGUUGGAGAAAGUGAUGUAAAGAUUAAAUACAUUGCUUUGCAAAAGAAAAAUUGCAUACAUUCAAAAAAUAAGCAAAGGAAACAAAGUUUACAAAAUGAGAAAACCUUCAAGAUUUAGGAAAUUAUUCCAAACAAUAAAAUUGUACAACACUGUCUGUGGCACUUCGUUAAUCUCGCUCAAUAUGACAGAAUAAUGGUUGAUUCAAUAAUCCUACACAGACUUUAUCCACAGAGAGUUUAGGGUGAAGAUCUCAUGUGGUCGCUAGAGUACAGAAAAACUGAUCCUGUAAAAAACGGGGAGAAAAAAUAGGUAUUGGAAGCUAAUUCUAUUUAAGGGACUCUCCAGUGCCAGGAAAACAAUCUGUUUUCCUGGCACUGCAGGCCCCCUCUUCCUCCCACCUGCCAUCAUCGGUUGCUCAGUCACUUACCAAAGGAAGCGACGAUGUCCCUUGUCGCUGCUUUUUCCGCCGCUCCUCCCCUUCAUCACGUCAGCCGGCGGGGGAGACUGAUCCCACCCGCCGGCUGGGGAGACCUAAUGCGCAUGCACGGCAAUCACGCGCAUUAGACCUCUCCAUAGGAAAGCAUUGAAUAUGCUUUUCAAUGCUUUCCUAUUGGCUUUUUAGCGAUGCUGGAGGUCCUCACAUAGCGACGCUAUAGCACAGAAAACCUGUGCUAUGGACAAGGAAGUGCCCUCUAGUGGCUGUCUAGUAGACAGCCACUAGGGGAGGACUUAACCCUGCAAAGUAAUUAUUGCAAUUAAUGAUUUAUGAAAACUGCAAUAAUUACAGUUGCAGGGUUAAGGGUAGUGGGAGUUGGCACCCAGACCACUCCAAUGGGCAAAAGUGGUCUGGGUGCCUGCAGUGUCCCUCUAAUCAAUUCCUGCAUCAUUGUAUUGGGUGUUUGACAGCUAAUAAAUCAAAGCAUUGUGGGUGUAACUUCCCUUAUCAAAUCCAGAUGGCUUACAGGGUGGACUUUGAGAGACCUUUUAUCAUUAGCCAAUUGUGACCUCAGGCUAAUAUGCUAAUCAUGUGCCAACUUCUGCUUGCUUUUUCAAAGUUUAAUUUAUUUGACAAGAUAUCACUAUUGGGUUUCUUAUUCAACACCAUAACUUUCCUUUUACAACUAGACAAAUAGUUGUAUGUUGAAUUAAUUCUGACCUUUGUGAUAGAUCAAGGUUGUAGUGAAUAAUUAGGUGGAAAACUUCAUAAUAGGUGACCAAAGAUAAGACUGUCUUUGAAAUCUUUAUUUUAAGGACCCCUAAUAAUUUUACGGAAACGUAUUUUAGAGCAAUUUCCAUCUCUUUUCACAAUGUAAACGGCACAAAUUCACCUUGACAUUCUUUCUCGUCUGAUCACUUUAGGGGAUAGUAGGUCUCCUAAAGUAAAUUGUAAGCUCACUGGAUUUAGAUAAUCAUACCAAUACUUUGAGUGUAGUAGAAUAAUAAUGACGCUUUGUUUUUUUGGAACUUGAUAAAAAUGUAUGGCUGUUUUUUCCAAACUACGGACAGGACUGUUGGAAUAUCCCAGAGGAGCUGGUAUCCAAGAGUUAAUAGUUGUUUGCUAAAAUAUAUAGUAAAUCUGGAGCUUUUUCAAACUUGGCUAAUGCAAUUGUCCUAUUUAAAAAUAGAACUGUGAUGUAUUGAAUUUACAUCUCGAAAUCUGUACCUAAACUAUGUCUUUCUCUUCAUUUUUAGAGAAAUUACUCUCCAAAAACUAUAUUUGUAAAGCCCUGCUGCUAACUUUCCAUUUUGUUCCAGUAAGAUCAUGUAUGUGAUAAUUGGCAUGGCAUAUGCUACAACCUAUUUGAAAGAGUCUGGGAGGACAGGGGGUAAACAAAAGCUCCUGGUCCUUGACAGUGCCUCCAUUGCUGUUAAUAAUUAACGCACAUUCCAAAUGCCAUUGGUUUUGCAAUUUACACGCCUUCUCUAUGUUUCUUAUUAGAUGUAUCGUGGUUUUAAAAUGAUGCCUCUGGUCCAGUACAUCUACACAGAAGCCUCUGAAAGUUUAUGUGGGGUCAAACUGGAAGUCAACAAAUACCAGUACCUGAUAACAGGUAGGUAACCUCAUGCUAAAAUCCAUAUAUUUAGACAGAUACAUUCAGGCAAACAAAAAAAAUAUAAACAAAACACACAAUAGGUAUAGAGCUUGUGUUUGUUUGUUUUUUUUGUUUGUUUAUAUUGUCGAUGAUAAACCACAAGAGAAGAGAAGCUUCCACCUUUGCACACAACUUUGUUCACUGGCAGUUAAGCAUUUUUUUUAUUGAAAUUUAUUUGAUUAUAUGUUUGAUACUGGUUGUGUAAUCUUUUUAGACCUGAAUGAUAAAUUAUCAUAAGUACUUAUCUAUAACUGGUUUUGGCAUCAGUAUCCUAUUAUGGAAGCCAGGUUACAUGACACCCAUUUGGCAUGGGAUUCUUUUUUUUUUUUUUUUAGAAAAUGUCAUACUGUAGGAAAUAGCCCAUCAUUUGUUACCCGUUCCAUGUCCAUGUCCUAAAGAGCACAAAUCCUAAAAAAGAAACUUCUCGUAUUUCUCGAUAGGAAAUAGCAAUACUUCUAACGAGUGAUGUAAGUGAUUUUAUUCUGCUCCUUGUUCUCCUGCAUAGGACGUGUAUAUGAAGGAAAGGUGUAUACAGGUCUGUGCAACCUAAUUGAAAAAUGGGAAAAACUGACCCUCGCUCAGCGCAAAGGGCUUAAUCACCGAUACCAUCUGGGCUGCAAUUGCAAGGUGAGACCUGUUCCUUAGUCCUGCCUCAUAUUGAUAUAAGAAAAAGGUGGGGCUACUUUGUAUAAUGGUCAAGUCUGAAGUUGACAAAACUUGACCGUAGAACUUCCGUAGAUUUUCAUUUCCUGCAGCUGUUACUAACCAAUUCUAGUUGACCCUGUUUCAACAGAAUGAGAGUCACAACUGUGUUUAUCCAUGUUUUUUUGCAGAUAAAGUCAUGUUACUACUUGCCCUGUUUUAUCACUUCCAAAAACGAGUGCCUCUGGACGGACAUGCUGUCCAACUUUGGCUAUCCUGGCUACCAGUCCCAGAACUACGCCUGCAUCAAGCAAAAAGAGGGUUACUGUAGCUGGUACAGAGGAUGGGCACCACCAGACAAAACCAUAAUCAACACUACGGACCCCUGAAUCCUUUUGGGCCAGAAGCUGCAAUGGACAGUACCAAUGAUAUGAAAACACAAACAGCAAUGACAUUUGUGCCUAUUUUCUUGCAAAAUUUAGCACUUCGAACACUUAAAUCUUUGCCAUCAUUAUUAAGAGUAUAUUUUUUAAUCACUCUGUUUAUUUUGGUUUUCAAUCACCCAUUUUUAAGCCAGAUCUGGGCAGAAUUCUCUUGGAAGGUCCUUUUCAGAGUGUUGCUGAUAUAACCGGUUUGUGACUCUGGAUAAUGCAUUUACUUUCUUUUAUAUGCAAAGUGUACAGACAUCAACAAGGGCAUUGUUGAAAAGAUAGACUGGAAAGUGGAAAGCAUGGACACUUGGAAAUGUAUGUAACUGUCAAAUAGUGCUGCGCAUUGCUUUGCAGUCCUGAAUCUCAUACCACAAGGGGCGAUGUAUAACUAGCCAGUUGACAAGUAGUUGCUCUAAACUGCAAUAGACAGGUGAUUACAGUUGUAAUAAUAGAUUUUAAACAUAAUAUUGAAUAGCUCACACAAAAAAGUAUAGAAAGCUGUAUCUAAUCAUGGAAAGACAUUUUUUAUUUAUUUUUUUACUUCUCCCUCCUCCCCCUUCCAAAAAAAGUGCAUUUUUGCAGAGUAGGGUUUAUGGGUUUAAUUUUUUGUGUGUGUGUGUGUUUUUUUUUUUUUUUUUUGACUUGACUUGUGAAUUGCUUCAAUGCUUUUAAAGAGUAGAUGUUAACACGGCCUGAUCUAUUUCACAAGGAACUUACCGGGAUAAUAUCAGUAAUCCCUUAAAAACAAUCAAGUGGAUUGCUGGAGAAAAUGUUUAUUCUCAUUGCACUGAUAAAUGGGAACCUUCCCAUCACCCUGGCCAAUUUGGGGGGUGAUUGCAACAGUAUUUUAUCAUGUAUUUAAUGAUAGGUUUUGGCCAUUUAUGCUGGCGCAAGUCAGAGGUAGAACGCAACCCAGAUGAAAUAAGCUACAUUACUCUCCAGGAUAAAGUAUGGGUGAAGUGACUUCUGGCUGGAAGAGGACAGACAGCCUAACCUAGAAAUUGAUACCAAUGUAUAAGAUUCCUGUCAUUGACUCAUACAUUGAAAUAUCAAAGUUUUCUUCCUUCAUAUUUCACCAAUCUUCCACUGCUGGGACUGCUUCAUCAUAUAUUAGUAAAACAUAAAAUAUGUGCAGUACCUUUAACAUCGUCUCGACUUAUGGUGGUCAGCAAUUUCCAUGAAAUGCUUAAUGUGACUCAUAAGGUUUUCCAGAAACUUGCAGGAUUAUUUACUAAAGUGGGAAUGAUUGGGUAUUCAGAGUGAAUUUCAAAUUUAAGGCUAAAGUAGCAGAACUGGAAGCAUAGCUGACUUGGAAAUGUUUAUAGUUCAGUUAUCUUGGCCUUUAUUUUAAAAUUCUCUUUGAAUUUCUGACAAUUCUCAUUUUAGGGAAUAACCCUGUAAACUAAAGCACUUAACAGCCACAUAAAUGCAGUAUUCAGUUUGGGAUGUUUAAAGAUUAGAGGGUCUCCUAGCAAAAAAGGUGCCCAGAUUUCUUCUUCUAGAUAUGUUAUUUGUAAUAAUGUAAAUCAAACAGAUUUGGGACUUCCAAACCAAAACUAAUUUUUUUGAUUAUUACUUUUUAAGUUGACACAGUUGUGAGAAGUGCUGAUAUUUUAUUUUUAUGUUCAGCAAAUUAAAUGCAGUUGCGGCUCCAAGCUAUUAGGAGUGCUCAGAUUAUUUGAUGUGCACAUCUUUUAUAGGCUCCUUUCUGCCAUAUAAGUAACCUUUCUGCUCCCAGCUUGCACCAAUUUGUAAAUCUAUCGCAAAAUACAUAAAGAGGUCUACUCUCUAAUCAGUGAGUCAUGGUGGAUUUAUAAUAGACUUACAGAACCUAGACCAAGAUAGGAGAGUUGGUAAAUCUUUAACUUAAAAGGGAAGAUUAAAAAAACCAAAAACUCUACUGUCUUGGUCUGAAUUUUGCAAAUAAGUUUGUCACCGCCUCACAAUGCAUGGUUUAGUGAAUAAGCCUCUGUAUAUUUUUAUAUUUUUGCUUGACUGGAUAAUUUAUAGAUGAAUUUUAUGUAGAUUUCUAAUAUAAAGCCAUUUUAUUUUUGUUUUUAAUCUGAGACAGGAGCGUCUGUUCUGAAAAUGGGUGAGAAGAGUAUGUUUUACUGAGGUUUUGUUACAUUUUCUGGUUAUAUAUUUUUUUUCUCUUAUUUAACUUUAUAGAGCAAAAUGUUUUAAUAUAUCUUCACUCCAUUCCGUGUAGGGAGUAGCUGUUUUUAUAACAUGAAAUCUAUAAUUUACUGGUUUUCUACAUUAUUUCACAAAUAAGAGUAUUUUAUAUGUAUAUGCUAUAUAUUUUCAUUGAAUGUUCUUGUGUUUGGGUUUUAAAAGUACUUUCUAAGUCAUGCUCUUCCAUAAACAACAUUAUUAAAACUGUGGUGAGAUCAAAAAGUGACAAACACUUAGCUUAUUUAAAGGAACAUUGCAAGCAUAGCUUCUUGUAGUGGUUGUGGUGGCAGGAUUGCCUUGGCACAUUCCCACAUGAAGGUGUCAAAUCAUUUUAGAACAUUCUGACAACUUACCUGUGUUCUGCUGGACAUUUGUGUUCGCAUCUGCCAUAUCUGUGCUUCUCCAGCAAGACAAGAUGACUGUGUCUAUAGAGUAGAGAACAUCUAGUGCAGUACUUUGCUCAUUGGAUGAGAGCAUCCAACGGGACUCAGGAAAACCGUACUAAAACUGUUUGACAUCUUACUGUGGAACAGUGCCAGAGCACUGCUGGCAUCAUAACCACUACAUCGGACAAUAGCGAUUAUGAUCCUUGGAUUGUUUAAAAAAGUUCUCAAAUGUUUCAAGAUUUCCAACAGACAACAAGGAGCCAGCACCAUGCUGACUAGCCACAAGAGGCAACUGAUCAGUCCCAUGCUAGGCAAAGGUCUAUUCACAUCCUAACCUUUACAUUUUCAUAAAACGUGUUCUAAAACUGAAAUAAAUUUUGAAGCUAACCUAUGGAAAUUUGUGGUUGAAAUCUGAAAAAAAGGAAUGCGCAGUCUGCACUUUUUGGUAUAUUGGUUAUAGAAACAAAAUCUUUGGCCUGCUGAAGCCAUUUUUCAAAUAUGCUUAAGGAUGUGUGAUGUCACACUGUGGUAUAUUUGAGAACCUAAAUUAGUUUUUGUCACUUUCUGAUCUAUUAUAUAUAUCGAAUGCAGUCUGUACCGGGAUGAAUAACAUAGUUGUGCUUGAGCUGAAAAGUGUAUAACAGAAAAGACAGGCUCCAUAAAUAAUAACCUUUGGACAAUCUUGUGGCCCCAUUCAGCAUGCUAAGAAAACGUUUUGUGCACAUUUCAGAUUACGCAAUAAAUGUAAAAAAUGUGCUAUGGAUUAUUGUAAAGAUGUUUUUAUGUUAUUUAACUCAAUUGUUUAAAAAAAAAAAAAAAGUAUAUUUAAAAAAAUUAAAAUCCUGUCUUGCAAAAGUCAUAUUAUUGCCUGGGUGACCUAUCUGGCAUGGGAAUUUUAAUGGGUUUUUGGGCAUUGUAUAUCAAAGUAACAUUUGGCCAUAAUAAAACUGUCAGGGAAAACUCAAACCACA